UUGAGUCAGCUGAGUUGCGGCCAUUUUGUGUGUCUGUGUCCGGUGACAGGAGAGUCCGGUGGGGCCCGAGCCACUGCACGACCAUGGCGCUCCGCAUGGUUAAGGGCAGUAUUGACCGUAUGUUCGAUAAGAACCUGCAGGACCUGGUUAGAGGGAUCCGUAACCACAAAGAGGAUGAGGCAAAGUAUAUCUCUCACUGUAUCGAUGAGAUCAAACAAGAACUUAAGCAAGACAACAUUGCUGUGAAAGCAAAUGCCGUCUGCAAGCUGACCUAUUUACAAAUGCUGGGCUAUGACAUCAGCUGGGCUGCAUUCAAUAUCAUUGAGGUGAUGAGUGCCUCAAAGUUUACUUUCAAGAGGAUUGGAUACUUAGCUGCCUCACAAUGCUUUCAUGAAGGCACGGACGUUAUUAUGCUGACCACAAAUCAGAUAAGAAAGGAUCUUAGCAGUCCUAAUCAGUAUGAUACUGGUGUGGCCCUGACCGGGCUGUCUUGUUUUGUCACUCCAGACUUGGCCAGGGAUUUAGCAAAUGACAUCAUGACGCUGAUGUCCCACACGAAGCCGUACAUUAGGAAGAAGGCUGUCCUGAUCAUGUAUAAAGUGUUUCUCAAGUAUCCAGAGUCUCUCCGCCCAGCAUUCCCCAGACUGAAGGAAAAGCUUGAGGACCCUGAUCCAGGGGUUCAGUCUGCAGCGGUCAAUGUUAUUUGUGAACUAGCUCGUAGAAACCCAAAAAACUACCUGUCAUUGGCUCCGCUGUUCUUCAAGCUCAUGACAUCUUCUACUAACAACUGGGUCCUAAUUAAAAUUAUCAAAUUGUUUGGGGCACUUACUCCAUUGGAACCAAGGUUGGGAAAAAAAUUGAUUGAGCCUCUGACCAACCUCAUCCACAGUACAUCUGCAAUGUCUCUCCUCUACGAAUGUGUGAAUACUGUAAUAGCUGUUUUGAUAUCGCUGUCAUCAGGGAUGCCCAACCACAGUGCUAGCAUUCAGCUGUGUGUUCAGAAGCUGCGGAUUCUUAUUGAAGAUUCAGACCAGAAUUUGAAGUAUUUAGGAUUGCUUGCUAUGUCCAAGAUUUUGAAAACUCACCCAAAGUCAGUACAGUCCCACAAAGAUCUCAUCCUUCAGUGUCUGGAUGACAAGGAUGAAUCUAUUAGAUUACGAGCCCUGGAUCUUCUUUAUGGAAUGGUGUCGAAGAAGAAUUUGAUGGAGAUUGUCAAGAAGCUCAUGAUUCAUGUUGACAAAGCAGAAGGAACUGCCUACAGGGAUGAACUACUGACCAAAAUUAUUGAUAUAUGUAGCCAGUCUAACUACCAGUACAUUACCAACUUUGAGUGGUAUAUUAGUAUUCUGGUAGAACUUACUCGUCUAGAAGGGACCCGCCAUGGCCACCUAAUAGCUGCUCAAAUGCUUGAUGUUGCUAUCCGAGUGAAAGCCAUAAGACAAUGUGCAGUCUCGCAGAUGGCCACGUUACUUGACAAUGCUCACCUUUUGGCCAGCAACACACAGCGCAAUGGAAUCUGUGAAGUCCUUUAUGCAGCUGCCUGGAUCUGUGGCGAGUUUUCAGAGCACCUCCUAGAGCCACAGCAGACAUUGGAGGCAAUGCUGAGGCCAAAAGUCACUACUCUGCCGGGGCAUAUUCAGGCAGUUUAUGUACAGAAUGUGGUGAAAUUAUAUUCUUGUAUGCUGCAGCGCAAGGAACAGGAGGGAGAUCAAGAAGCCGCACAGGAGAUCACUCAGCUUAUGAUUGACAGACUCCCCCAAUUUGUACAAAGCGCAGACUUGGAAGUUCAGGAGAGGGCUUCCUGUAUAUUGCAACUUGUGAAAUAUAUACAGAAACUACACGCAAAGGAGGUUCCUGUAGCUGAGGAAGUCAUUGCCCUAUUUGCUGGAGAACUUAAUCCUGUGGCUCCAAAGGCCCAGAAGAAAGUCCCUAUUCCAGAAGGCUUAGACCUGGAUGCCUGGAUUAAUGAGCCUCCCUCAGAUAGUGAGUCAGAAGAUGAAAAGCCUAAGGCUAUCUUUCAUGAUGAUAAACAGACACAUGUGAAGUCAUCCCGUCCAGAGAUAGAUGAAGAAGAGUUGGCAAGGAGACGUGCUGCACGGAAAGAAGAACAAGCCAAUAACCCGUUCUACAUUAAAAGUUCUCCUUCACCUCAGACGCAGUACCAAGACUCGCCUGGAGUUGACCAUAUACCUGUUGUGCAGAUUGACCUUACAGUUCCCCUCAAAGUUCCAGGGCUACCCAAUUCUGAUCAGUAUGUGAAGUUGGAGGAGGAACGAAGAAGCAAACAGCGUCAUGAGAAGGAUAAGAAGAGGAAGAAAGAGAAAGACAAGAAAAGUGGAAAGUCUCGGCGACACAAAUCUGUUCACACUGAGAGCGAUGAGGACAUUGCCCCUGCUCAUCACGUGGACAUCGUUACUGAGGAGAUGCCAGAGAACGCUCUUCCCAGCGACGAUGACGACAAAGAUCCAAAUGAUCCCUACAGAGCUCUGGAUAUAGAUUUAGACAAACCUUUGGCCGACACAGAAAAACUUCCAGUUCAGAGGCACAGAAAUACAGACACCCUAAAAUCUCCUGAAAAUGAUGCCUUCACAUUGGAUCAAAAAGUUAAAAAACACAGCAAGAAGGAGAAGAAACAACCGGAGUCUGAGAGAGUGAAGAAGAAAGAAAAGAAGAAGAGUAAGGAGAAAGAAGAGAAGACUAAACGUAAGAAAUCUACAACCAAGGAAGCCAGGGAAGAUGAAACGGAGGUAAAGGAUGAAGAUGCAAAACCACAGGGAAAAACUUCAGAUGACAUGGAUUUAUGGCUUGCUAGCUCUCAGAUGCCACCAGAAGAACAGAACACUUCCACCCCGAGCCUGCCAGAAGCAAAUACAAUCAGUAAAGAGCCAGAAGAGCUUACAAAAGCAGAAGUACUGGAUGAAAGAAAUGAGGAAGAACCAGAGAAGCAGAAAUCUCAUCGGCACAAGAAAAAACACAAGAAGGAAAAGGAUGAGCCCAAGGAGGAUAAGAAAUCUCGAAAGAAAAAACAUCACCAUCACCGUCAUCACAGUGAAUCUCAUGCGGAGGAUCAUUCUGCAUCUGUUCAUAAUGGGACAUUAGAUGAAGAAGAGCCGCUUCCACCAAUGUCCAGUUACCAGCUUUUGGCUGAAAACAAAUUUAUCAAAAUGAUGUAUGACAUUCAAGGAGACUUGCAGAAGGAGAGUCAGGUCACAGUCUCCAUCAUCUUAGAAAACCAGAGUCAAAGCUUCCUUAAAAAUAUGGAGAUUAAUGUUUUAGACUCUUUAAAUACCAAAAUGCAAAGGCCCGAAGGAUCUUCUGUACACGAUGGAAUAGCUAUUCCUUUUCAGUUGCCUCCAGGUGUCUCCAAUGAAGCUCAGUUUGUGUUCACUGUCCAAAGUAUUGUAAUGCCCCAGAAGCUGAAAGGAACAUUGUCAUUCAUAGUAAAGGAUGAUGAAGGAUCGUCCCAUGAAAAAUUAGAUUUUAAAAUCACUUUCAGCUGUUCCUCUUAUUUGAUUAUGACUCCAUGCUACAGUGAUGCUUUUGCCAAGCUCUUGGAAUCAGGAGAUCUUAAAAUGAGUUCCUUGAAAGUGGAAAAUACAAGUCUCUCUUUUCAUCAUCUGUUAGCAAAAAUUUGCUUUUACCAUCACUUUACAGUGGUUGAACGAGUUGAUUCUUGUGCAUCCAUGUACAGCCGGUCAAUCCAGGGACACCACACUUGUCUACUGGUAAAAACGGGUGACAAGUCUAUAUCCAUUGAUGGGAAAUGCAGUGAAGCAACUCUCCUCAGCAGCCUUCUCAGCGAGAUCAAAGCAUCACUCUCAGAAUCUUGAACAAGAGGAGACCAUUCCUCUCAUUUUUACCCCACCUCCUCUCUGCCCCUCCUGCAAGGCGCACUCAGACAGAACUGCAAGUGAAAAACUGACACAAAACCGCAUGUUCAAGUCUCUCAUCGUUGCAGAAGGCCCAAUUUUACGGUCAUUUGGAACUGUAAACUUUUUUUUUUUUAUUGUGCUUAAUUUUAUUAUCAGAUGCUGGCCCUUAAUUAUUAUUAUUAUUUUUUUCUUUUUUUUAAAUAUUACUUAUUGAUAUCCCAAUGCAGCAGUUGGACAGCCGAUUUAAUUGAUCGUUCACAUAACAAAUUCAUUUCUACUGCCACAAUGCUGGAUAGUAAUCCCAUAAUGACUAUUUUUUAUUUGGCCUCUGUAUUUCCGCUUAUGCUAACAUUGGGCUUAUACUUAUGACACCACAUAUCCUAAGAUAUGCAGUGGGUUGAGCAGUAUCCGUGUAGCAGAUGAGUGUCACUGUUAGCAGUGAAUGAGGAACUGUAUUGAAUUGCUUAGAGCGGCUGUCCAGCAUAGCACGUAGGCGAUAAACACAAUCUUUUGCCUUGUUUUGCAGUAAUGCAUGAACUGCCUUUAGAAAAGCAAGAUACUUCAGUCUUGCUUUUUUGAACUAUUUCAAUAUCACUGUCUUAUAUGGGAUAAUGAGUUUUGUUUUCUUUUUUGGGGGGUUUGGGGGGCCAGCAAGACAUUCCUAAGCAUAAAUUAUGAUCAUAAACUGGAAAUUCAAUGUUUGGUUUCUCUAGAGUGUCUUAUACGUGUGUGUGUUUUUUUUUUUUGUUUUUUUUUUUGCUUGCUUUUUUGCCCUUAUGUGUUUUUACUCAUUUUGGUUAUGACUCUUAAGAGGUUCUCCUAUACAUGUGGUCCAAAUUGUGUGCUGUGCAGUCUGCCUGACUUGUGAAGGUAAAAGAUCUGGCUCAUAAAUCAUGCAAGGACAUUGGAACAUAACUGGUGGUGCCUUAAUAUAACUUCUUGACGGAGGCAAGUGUGUAAAAAUUAUGUAUAACCAUAAGACAAGAGAAGCUGAUCCAUCUACCAGAAAGGACUGCAACGUAAUUAAGAUACAGUACCACUAUUCUGUACAAAAUUGUAUUUAUGAGAUGGUUAGAAAAUGAAGUGUUGCUUACUGCAUUUGCAGCUUGUAUCCUUUAGAUUGGUAUUACUUGCUGGUCCUGCAAGGCUUUUUGUCUUCUAGAAUUAUAGAACCCUGGCGCACUCGCCAAGUGGCAAAAUAUAAAAGUGAUGUAAGUCUCAAUGCGUUUGAAAAGAAAUCAAUCAUUUCACCGCUCCAUUAUAAACACUAAGCCUGCUCUCUGCACCAAGCCCAUUAUGGUAGGAACUUCCGUGAUUAUAUUUUUAGGUCACGUUUAGUAUU